AUGACGACGAGCUUUAGCACCACCGCGACUCGUUGCGAGAAUAAAUGCGCGACGACGGGACGCAGAAGACGAAAGAAUUCUACGACGCGUACUUCGUCUUCGUCGUCGUCUUCGUCUUCUUCUUUAGUCCCGGAGACGUUGAAAGAGAUGGCAUCCGACCCGGAGUUCCAGAACACUUCGACGCGAUUGAAAGCGUUCGGGCAGAAAGCGUUGACGCGCGAGGAAGCGAAAAAACGGAGACGAGCGCUCGAAAACGUCGGCGUGAACGAAUCGUUCGCGAGUUACAUCGAAACGAAUAAAGGGAGCGCUUUGGAACGCCAAUUGCCGCCUUCAAUACUUCAAGUAAACAUAGGGAUAUAUUGCAACCAGGCGUGUUCGCACUGUCACGUGGAAUCGAGUCCUUUGCGAGUGGAGGAGACGAUGUCGCGAGAAACGAGAGAACGCGUGGAAUUUAUCUUGGAGAAGAGCGAAGGAGUGACGACUUUAGACGUGACGGGAGGCGCACCGGAGCUCGCGCCGGAAUUUCGGAAUUUAGUUCGGAACGCGAGGAAGAUGAAAGGCGACGCGCUGAAAAUUAUCGACCGGUGUAACUUGACGGUGUUUUACGAACCCGGGCAGGAAGAUUUAGGGGCGUUUCUGAAGGAACACGACGUGACCGUAGUCGCGAGUUUGCCGUGUUAUUCCGAAGCGAAUACGGAUAAACAAAGAGGGAGAGGCGUUUUUGAACGCUCGAUUGACGCGUUGAAAGAGUUGAACGCGUUAGGAUACGGAAUCGAAGGAACCGGGAGGACGUUGGAUUUGAUGUAUAAUCCAGGCGGGGCGUUUUUACCUCCCGAGCAAAGCAAGUUGGAGGUUGCGUACAAAAGCGAGUUGAAAGAGGCGUACGGGAUUGAGUUUUCCAAUUUGUUCACGCUGACAAACAUGCCGAUUAAACGGUUCGCGGAUUUCUUACACCGCGAGAAGAAAACCGAGGAGUACAUGAAAUUAUUAGUGGAUAACUUUAACGUCAGUGCGGCGGAGAACGUCAUGUGCAGAGACGUGGUUUCUAUUAAAUGGGACGGAUCGUUGUACGACUGCGAUUUUAAUCAACAGUUGGAUAUCGGUUUGCUCGGAGCCAAGGCGCCGAAGACUGUGUUUGACGUGGAAAGCGUGGAAGAUAUCGUAGGUUUGAAAAUCGCGAGCGAUAACCACUGUUUCGGGUGCACCGCGGGCAGUGGAAGCUCGUGCGGAGGCGCAAUCGCCUAG